GAUGAGGAGGGAGCUCACAUCUUCUCUCAGCUCUUCUUUUUUUUAACCAAUUUAGACGUAGACUUAGAUGAGAUCCAGCUCCAAAUCCAGGACUAGCUAACGGGAAUUAGAAAAGAGAGAUAGUGUAAAUUAGUUUGGUAUGUAGGGAAAAGUAUUUUUCCCAUUUUUUUUAGUUUUGUUGCAGAUUUUUUUUUGGUUACACAGUAGCCACACGAUUAUCAGAUUUCUUUCCAAUGGCUUUGCAGUUAAAGAAGAAACUGUUAUAGAAACGACUUGUGUUUUUUAACGCGUAAAUAAAUGUUUGUUUAUUAUAUGAAAAGAUGAGACAUUAUGCGACGGAAUCGCCAGCGGUUCGCCACUUUUCCUCAUCUUGCAACUGCAAUGCAUAGCUAGAUUUUCGCUUCGAUCGUGUACAUUUUAGACAUUGCUAUCAUCCUGCUGAUUUUUUUUUAUUUGAAAAAGGCAAAGCAAAAACAAAACUGAAAAUCAGUCGCCAGUGUUACAUGAAAAAACUACCCCGGAUAACCGUUAUCUAGCGUAAAUACACAUUACCAAGCUGAAACUGAACAACUUCAGCUCUUUUCUUUAGGAUGUCUCGCCGCAAGCAAGCUAAACCAAGAUCUUUAAAAGUAGAAGAAAAUGAAUCAGAGGACCAGCUUCCUAUUGUGGGACAGUCAACUAUUCAAAGUGAUUCGGAUUCCAAACUAGGAAAGAAAGUGGAGGAUGGAGAACCAGGUGAUUUAAAGAAACAGCUUGCUGCUCUCGAGGAGGGGGAGGAGAUAGAGGAGGAAGCUUUGCACAGCUGUGACAGCUGCCUCCAGGUGUUCGAGUCAGUGAGCGAUCUUACUGAACACAAGAUUAAUCAAUGCCAACUGACAGAUGGGCCUGAUGUUGAAGAUGAUCCUUCAUGUUCUUGGCCAGCAUCCUCUCCUUCCAGCAAGGAUCAGACAUCACCUGGGCAUGGAGACAGUUAUGACUUUGGUGAAGAAGAAGGUGGACCUGGGCUACCCUACCCUUGUCAGUUUUGCGAUAAAUCAUUCAGUCGUCUCAGCUUUUUAAAACAUCACGAACAAAGUCACAGUGAUAAGCUACCAUUCAAGUGUACUUACUGCAGUCGACUCUUCAAGCACAAACGCAGUCGUGACAGGCAUAUUAAACUCCACACUGGGGAUAAAAAGUAUCAUUGUAGUGAAUGUGAUGCUGCCUUCUCCCGCAGUGAUCACCUGAAGAUUCACCUUAAGACUCACACUUCCAACAAGCCAUAUAAAUGUGCCAUAUGUCGCAGAGGUUUUCUUUCAUCGAGCUCGUUACACGGCCAUAUGCAAGUUCAUGAGCGAAAUAAAGAUGGAUCCCAGUCCCUUUCCAGGAUGGAUGAAUGGAAACUGAAAGAGACACAGAAGUGCAGCCAGUGCGAAGAAGGCUUUGAUAUUCCAGAAGAACUGCAGAAGCAUAUAGCUGAGUGCCAUCCAGAGUGUUCCCCACCACUGGAGAGAGCAGCCAUUCAGUGCAUUUACUGCCACGAACUGUUUACAGAAGAGAGUACCCUCUUAAGUCACAUUGACCAAGUGCACAACCGAGAAAAAAAGGGCCACACAUGCACCAUCUGUUCUGAGCACUUCCAUUCUGUCGAGGAGCUCUACAGCCACAUGGACAUUCAUCAGCAGCCAGAAUCCAGCAACCAUAGCAACAGUCCAUCUUUGCUAACAGUAGGCUACACCUCGGUAUCUAGCACUACCCCUGAUUCAAAUCUUUCAGUUGACAGCUCUACUAUGGUUGAAGUUGGCCCUACAUUGCCAAAAAGUCGUGGAAGGAAAAGAGCUGCCCAACAAGGGUCUGAUAUGGCUGUCCUAUCCUCUAAGCAAGCAAAAAUCACAUACAGCUGCAUAUACUGUAACAAGCAAGUAUUUUCUAGCCUUGCCGUUCUGCAGAUCCAUCUUAAGACUAUGCAUCUUGAUAAACCAGAACAGGCUCAUACCUGCCAGUAUUGCUUAGAGGUGCUUCCUUCACUUUAUAACUUGAACGAGCAUUUGAAGCAAGUUCAUGAGACUCAAGAGCAUACUCCAUUGAUGGGCACUAUGCCUGCUAUGAUCUUCCAGUGCAAUUUUUGUCCUGAAGCACUAACUGACCUCAAUGCUCUUCAGGAGCACAUUCGCUGCUCACAUGGCUUUGCCAGUCCAGUAUCCAAAGAGAGCAAUGCCUUCUUCUGCCCUCAGUGCUUCAUGGGCUUCCUUACUGAGACCACCUUGGAGGAACAUAUACGGCAGACACAUUGCGAAGGCGGAAAUGCACGAUUUGAUUCCCCAUUGACUGGAGCUCCUAAAGAUCCAAUUGUGGAGGUCUACUCUUGCUCCUAUUGCACCAAUUCCCCCAUUUUCAACAGUAUUCUAAAACUCAACAAGCAUAUCAAGGAAAACCACAAGAACAUUCCACUUGCCCUGAACUACAUUAAUAAUGGGAAAAAGUCCAGCCGUGCCCUAAGCCCCUCAUCUCCCGUGGCUAUGGAUCAAGCUUCACUUAAAGUUGCUCAGGCAAUGAGUGGUACGUCCUCCCGCUCUGCUGGAGAGUUCAUUUGCAAUCAAUGCGGUGCCAAGUAUUCUUCCUUAGAUAUGUUUCAGACUCACCUCAAGACACACCUUGACAGUGUCUUGCCAAAGUUGACGUGCCCUCAGUGCAACAAAGAGUUUCCAAACCAGGAGUCCUUACUGAAGCAUGUGACCAUUCAUUUCAUGAUUACAUCUACAUAUUACAUCUGUGAGAGCUGUGACAAGCAGUUCACUUCAGUUGAUGACCUUCAGAAGCAUCUCCUUGACAUGCACACUUUUGUAUUUUUCCGUUGUACACUCUGCCAAGAAGUGUUUGACUCCAAAGUGUCCAUUCAGCUUCACCUUGCUGUAAAGCACAGCAACGAGAAGAAAGUUUACCGCUGUACGUCUUGCAACUGGGACUUCAGGCAUGAAUCUGACCUGCAGCUCCACGUGAAGCACAAUCACUUGGAGAAUCAAGGCAAGAUCCAUAAGUGCAUCUUUUGCGGAGAGUCUUAUGGCACUGAAGUAGAGCUACAAUGUCACAUUACAACCCACAGCAAAAAAUACAACUGCAAGUUCUGCAGCAAGGCCUUUCAUGCCAUCAUCCUGCUAGAAAAGCACUUGCGUGAGAAGCAUUGUGUUUUUGAAGCCAAACCUCAGAACUGCGGCACUAAUGGCUCUGCGCCAGUUACUGAGCAAGUUCCAAAAGAUGAAGUUGAGCUACAGAAUCUUCUGGCCAACAGCCAUGGGUCUCAUAAUAGUCACGACGGCAGUGAAGAAGAUGUGGAUACAUCUGAACCUAUGUAUGGCUGUGAUAUAUGUGGAGCAGCAUAUACAAUGGAUUCUUUGCUUCAGAAUCACCAAUUGCGUGAUCAUAACAUCAGGCCUGGUGAAAGUGCCAUUGUCAAGAAAAAAGCUGAGCUAAUUAAAGGAAACUACAAGUGUAAUGUCUGCUCCCGGACCUUCUUCUCCGAAGGUGGGCUACGAGAACACAUGCAGACCCAUCUGGGACCUGUCAAGCAUUACAUGUGUCCGAUCUGUGGUGAACGUUUUCCUUCCCUACUGACACUCACCGAGCACAAAGUUACGCACAGCAAGAGCUUGGACACUGGCACUUGUCGCAUCUGCAAGAUGCCCCUUCAGAGUGAGGAAGAGUUCCUUGAGCAUUGCCAGAUGCAUCCAGAUCUAAGAAACUCUUUGACUGGUUUUCGUUGUGUGGUUUGCAUGCAAACAGUUACGUCUACAUUGGAGCUAAAGAUCCAUGGCACCUUCCAUAUGCAGAAGACAGGCACCAUGACAAGUAAUCAACCCGUGGCACGGUCUCAGCAUCUCCAAAAACUCUAUAAAUGUGCUUCCUGUCUAAAGGAAUUUCGUUCUAAGCAGGACCUUGUCAAGCUUGACAUUAAUGGCCUUCCAUAUGGACUUUGUGCUACCUGCGUGAGUGGCAGUAAGAGCACUAGUCCCACAGUGAAUGGUGGCAAACAGCAAGGAGCAAUGGGGGGUUGUCAGGGUGAAACACUGAGCCCCAGUGAAAGCAAAAGCAAGACCCCUUCCUCCAAGACCAGGUGCUCCAGCUGCAAUGUUAAGUUUGAAUCGGAGGUGGAACUCCAGAACCACAUCCUUUCGGUCCACAGAGAUCUCAUGAAUGACAGUAACAGCGCUCAGAUGAAAACACCCCAGGUUUCACCAAUGCCCAAGGUCAGCCCUUCUCAAACCGAAGAGAAGAAGACAUACCAGUGCAUAAAGUGUCAAAUGAUUUUCUACAGCGAAUGGGACAUCCAAGUUCAUGUCGCUAAUCAUAUGCUAGAACCACUGGUCCAGUUCAGCGUUGCAGUGAACAGUGUCUAUCAUAACAGCAGUGGGCAGUCACAAGAGGAAGGCUUGAACCAUGAGUGCAAACUCUGCAAUCAAACCUUUGAUUCCCCUGCCAAACUACAGUGUCAUCUGAUAGAACACAGCUUUGAAGGAAUGGGUGGCACCUUUAAAUGUCCUGUCUGCUUCACAGUGUUUGUUCAAGCCAACAAGUUGCAACAGCACAUUUUUUCUGCCCACGGACAAGAAGACAAAAUCUAUGACUGCUCACAGUGUCCCCAGAAGUUCUUCUUUCAGACGGAGUUACAGAAUCAUACCAUGAGUCAGCACAGCAGUUAGUCCAGAAGAUGCCAUCCAUUCUGAUGCCAUCCCAUCUGACGAAAGCUGUGUGGCAGGAAAAGGAAAAACAAAAUUCAUGGAUCAUUUAUUCUUUGCACGGAACUAUCAUUGCAAAUGACCUUGUAUUGUAAUAAAAGCCUUGUAUUAUCUUUAAAAAAAAAAAAAAACACAAAAAAAAAAAUCAUUGGACAUUUGUGUAUUUGAAUUUUUAAGCACCAGGCUGACUUAAUGUAAAUAAAGUAUUUCACAUGUGUUGUUUCUGCUCCAGAUGCCAGACACUAAAUCGGUCUAGUACUAUGUAAACAGACCCAAAUUCCAAAGAACUGCAUUGCAAAGAAAAGGAAGGGGCUCUGCAUUUAAAAGAAAGAUGUCUGGAUGUGUGUGCAUAAGAACUGGUGUGUUGGUAUUAAGAAGUAAACUGCAGUUGGGUGUCCAAGACCAUUUCUGCUGUUGUUUUGGUGCUGAUUUUUUUUUUUUAUUCUUAUUAUUGUUGUCCACAUAUUGCAUAAGGAAGAGAUGCUUCUGAUCUGGCCCCGAUUAAAGAACUUUUUGUUGUAAUGGAAACUGCCCAUGUCUGUGUGCAUGUGGUCUUCACAGAGCCAUCUGUCUAUGCUCAGCAUAACGGGUGGUGCCCCCUUAAACUGUAUGCAAUAGUUUAAAUACAGAUUGGAAAGAGCCUUUCUGGUGGAAACUGUCAGGAGCCUAAGCCUCCUGUAAUCAUUUCAGCACAGCCAAAUCUCAAGUCAAUUAAACUAACCUGUAUGUUACUCUUAUUAAUGUUUACUCUGCAGCCUGAACCUGGAGAUUACUGGAAAUGUUUUUGCAAUAGGAAAUAAAUCCAAUUUACCUUUAGGUACCAGAGUCUGUUUCUUAUUCAUUUUGUAUGUGUAAUUACAAUUUAUAAAGCUACUUCUUCUUUUCAACCUCCAAUAAACAGCUUGAGGCACAUGGUGUGAAAAUGUGACAUUUCUGUAGCCAUCAUGUAAGUUGAUGGAAAUACAUGAAAGAAAAAAAAUAAUAAUGAAAUCAGAUUUUCAGUAUUUAAAAAAUGUAUUCUGUACAGUGUUUAAACAUUAAAUAAGUAAGAAUAUAAAAUGGGGUUUUAUUCCAAACCUAAUAUUACAUUUUGUUAACCUAAAUAUUUUAUUCCACUUUCAAGUAUGUAUAAUGAAAGAGGUGUUUUGAUGGCAGUGCACACUAAGCAAUAAGUAAUGUUGUACAAAUCAAGAGGAUAUGCAGAACAUGCGCUAAUUACAAAUUAUUUUGGACACUGUACUGCAACAAGUGUAAUCCAUUCUACCCCUUUCAGUUUUUGCUUAUAAAAAAAGAAAGUUGAACCUGAUAUGUAUUUAUAUGUGUGUGCACUGUAUAUAUAAUUUUUUUUAAUACAUUAACUAUUUGUGCUUUGUGCUCUAACGUGCUGCAUUCAUUCUUUGAAAAUGAUUUGUUGAAUAAAAAGUUCUAUCCCA